AGAGUAAAAAAAAAAACACGUACCGGUAACACACCUUCUUGGUGUAAAUCUCUUGAUCUAGAUGCCCUAGUCUUUUUUGUUUUAGAAUUAAAGUUUAAUGAGAAUAUUUAGGCCUCAACUAUUUAGAUUUCAAGCCAAAAUGACUCAACUUAUAGAUGCAACGAAAGCAAAAGAAAUAAUAAAUUCUGUCGAUAAUUUUUUGUUUGAUUGUGACGGAGUGUUGUGGGAUGGAACUGGCAAAAUUGAGGGAAGCUUAGAAACAAUACUGAAGCUAAAAGAACUGGGUAAAAAAGUCUUCUAUGUAACAAACAACAGUGCGAAAACUCGUGCUGAUUAUAUGGUAAAGUGUAAAGAAUAUGGAUUUCCAGCAGAAGAGAAUGAGAUAGUCUGUACAGCUUUUAUUGCAGCACAGUACCUUAAGACCAUUGGGUACAAAGAUAAAGUUUAUCUUAUAGGUAAAGAUGAUUCUAUUGGGAAAGAAUUGCAAAAUGCAGGAAUUAACUACACUGGGACAGGUCCUGAUACAUUGGUUGGGAAUGGUUACGAAGAUUGGCUGAGAGAUAUUAAAUUAGAUCCUGAGGUGAAAUGUGUCGUUGUUGGAUUUGACCCCCACAUCAGUUACAUGAAAAUAAUGAAGGCAGCAAGUUACCUGACCAAUCCUGACUGCUUGUAUGUGGCCACCAAUGAAGAUGGGUCACUGCCAGUCAAAGAGAAAAAUAUAUGUAUACCAGGAACCGGUUGUAUGGUUUUGCCAGUCACUGUAGCAGCUAACAGACCACCAAUCCUUAUGGGUAAACCAGAGACAAAUAUGUUUGAAGUACUUAGGCAAGUUCAUAACCUUGAUCCAUCCAGGUGUAUGAUGACCGGUGAUAGAAUCAGCACAGACAUAGUGUUUGCUAAAAGAUGUGGUAUUCGCUCCUGUCUUGUUUUGUCUGGGAUAUCUACCAUUGAUGAGAUCAACACACCGGAGCGAGCAGGUCCCAAAGCUGAAAGUGAUAAACAGCCAGAUUAUUAUGCACAAAAGCUGGCAGACUUUGGAAAAUAUCUAUAACAUCUUAUUUUAGAUAGCCAUCUUAAAAGUGAUUUAUUUAUUUAUUUUACAUUUUAUAGAACUAUUCCAAGUUCAUAUACAUUUCAACCCAUUAUAGUAAUAUUUAUCACAAGGAGGUGCUAAAUGUUAUAUUAACUAAUUAUGUCUUUCAAAAUAAGGUUUUAGAUAAAUCCAUUAAUACUUUUGUACAUUUGAUAUGCUGCUUCAAGUCAUUAAAAUAAGUUCAGAAUUAUUUUAUUUUUAAAAAGU